UCAGAUGCUAUUUGGAACACUAUCAAAUGUUACAACACUCAGGCUGCCGCUUUGGUCCCACCUAGGCCAAAACUAGCAUGGAAAGACAUUGUCGAGUAUAGCUUCCUAGGCGAAUUUGACCUAUUGUGUCACUCACAUACUGACAUUCGAGAUGCUGACUGGACUACACCUGUUCAUCACGAGGCCACAGUGAAAUACUUCAAGCUUCAAUGCGCUCGGGAAGAAGUACAGCAUCUCAAUAUUGAAGUCGGAUGUCUACGCACAGCAAUACAUGACAAAGAAAUCAAGACCAAUGCAACUAUAGACCAACUUGUUGUCACAAAUCCCCCACUUGCUGUAGAGUUGAGAAGACGGUGGCAGACUCAUGCUACCAUCAAUGCUGUCCAUCUCUACUGGUUAAAUCAAGUUGAGUUGCAACCUGCAUUUUCAGGCAGGCAU